CAUUGACUGCAAAAUUCUCUCUAUGAAUUCUUAACCUUUGGCCUUUAAAUUCUUUUCAUUUCAUUCAUUUUUCUUCCAACUGAUUCAUUGCAACCUUUAUCUUCAAAAAAUGGAUCCGGAAGGGAGCAUUGGAACAAGGUGCAAUCCAAUUGUAAUUGCAAAGCCAAUGUCUUUAGAGGAGGAAUCAGAUGCGGACAGAGCCUCAAAUCUCCUUCGACAGGCUAUGACUAUCAUCAAAGAUCUACGGCCAGGAUUGGAUCUCAUUACACUCAAAUACAAGGCUCCACCAAACUUCAACAUUCCAAAAUCACAUCUCCAAUGUUUUGGAGAAUCGGUGUAUUGUUCGGGUGAGGAUAUGUUAGGAAAGUGCAAUGCCGGGGGAAGUGCUUUGGAGAGAUUAGCUGCUGUUGUUGGUUGGAGCAUUUCCACUACUCGUCCUCUCAUUUUUGGGGCUUUCCCUUAUAACCCUAUUCUUGGGGAGACCCAUCAUGUUUCUAGGGGCACCCUUAAUGUCCUACUCGAACAAGUUUCACAUCAUCCACCAGUAGCUGCACUUCAUGCCACUGAUGAGAAACAUAACAUAGAAAUGAUAUGGUGUCAUCACUUUUCUCCUAAAUAUCGUGGUACAAGUGUGGAAACAGAAAUGCAUGGAAAGAGGCAACUAAAGCUUUUGAAUCAUGGGGAAACUUAUGUAAUGAAUUGCCCAAGUUUGGUAUUCAAAUUCAUUCCAACAAAGGCCUUUGAAUGGAGUGGGAAAGUGAAGAUCCAAUGCCAAGAGACUGCCCUCACUGCUGAAAUCUCUUAUAAAGGCCUUAGCUUUUUAGGUCGCAAAUCAAAUAGCAGAUCCAUCAAUGGCAAGAUUUUUGCUCAAUCUUUCUCUAUCAAAACCCUAUGUGAUAUUGAUGGCCAAUGGGAUAGAACUGUUACACUGAAGUACCACAGUGGGAGUGCCAAAGUUAUAUACAAUGCAAUUGAAGUGAUUUCCAACUUAAAAACUCCUGUUGUUCUUGACCCUAAGGGUGUUAAAGCAACAGAAUCAGCCAAGGUGUGGGGGGAAGUGAGCCAAGGGAUAUUGAGCAAAGAUUGGAAAAAAGCAAAGAAAGCAAAGAUGGCAGUGGAAGAAAGGCAAAGGGAGCUUGCAAAAGAGAGGGAGUCAAGAAAAGAGACUUGGGUUCCUAAGCAUUUCAAGCUCUCUUACUCCAAAGAAAAUGGUUGGGAUUGCUCUCCUAUUCAACCCACUGUCCCACCAGCCCCCAUUGUUGUCCCAAUUGAUUAAUAUCUUUGCUUUACUAUAAAGUUCAUAUCUAUCUAUCCUAUAACUUCCACAUGGUGGAAAAAAAAUAAAAGUUUAAGAAAUGCUAUGGUUGACAAUGUAGUAAAUCCCAAUUGUAAAAUGUUGAAAACCUUUGUUUGUUUAUUCUCUUUAAAUAGUAUGAA